CUCUCAACCUCUAAUGGUGCUUGGGAUUCCAUAGUGCUUGUGUUUCUAGGCAACAGGAAAUAAAGUGAAAGCUUUUUUCUUAAAAAAAAAAAAAAGGAUUUAGAAACACUUGGGCCACAGUGAUUUAUUUUGUUGGAAACUGGAGAAGGUAACACUGCUGAAUCUUCUCAAACUGCACUCCAACCUGACUGAAGCAUCUUCAGAGCAGAAAGGCCAUGUUGCUGCUGGAGGCACUCAGCAUGGGCCACACUGUAACUGACGUGGUGUCGGACGGUGUUGCUUUACUGCUACUUCUUCUGCUGUUGCUACUCUUCACCACCUGGGAGCGAACACACUUGUCACACAUACCAGGUCCGUCCUUCCUAGCGGGACUCGGCCCAAUUGUCUCCUAUGCCAGGUUUAUCUGGACAGGCAUAGGAACAGCAAGCAACUACUACAACAACAAAUAUGGCAGCAUUGUGAGAGUGUGGAUCGACGGUGAGGAGACUCUCAUUAUAAGCAGGUCUUCUGCAGUCUAUCAUGUUCUGAGGAGCGCCCACUACGUAGCCCGAUUUGGGAACAAAAAGGGUCUGGAGUGUAUUGGGAUGGAAGGGAGAGGGCUCAUUUUUAACAGUGAUGUGGCACUCUGGAAAAAAAUGAGGACUUAUUUCUCCAAAGCCCUGACAGGACCCGGUCUGAAGAAGACAGUGUCUAUCUGCAUGAGCUCCACAUCAGAACAUCUGGAUAACCUCCAAGACAUGACGGAUCCGUCCGGACGUGUGGACGCUCUCAAUUUGCUGAGAGCCAUAGUGGUGGAUAUCUCCAACAAACUAUUUCUCAGAGUGCCUCUCAAUGAGAAGGACUUGCUGGGGAAAAUCCAAAACUAUUUUGAGACGUGGCAAGCAGUUCUGAUUAAGCCCAAUAUAUUCUUCAAAAUUGGUUGGCUUUACGACAAACAUAAAAUAGCAGCCCAGGAGCUACAAGAUGCAAUGGAGACGCUCCUUGAACUAAAAAGAAACACUCUUAAAGAAACAGAGAAGCUGGAUGAUGAGCUCGACUUUGCAACUGAGCUCAUCUUUGCCCAGAACCAAGGGGAGCUCUCUGGCGACAAUGUGAGGCAAUGCGUGCUGGAGAUGGUGAUCGCAGCUCCAGACACUCUCUCCAUCAGCCUCUUCUUCAUGCUGAUGCUGCUGAAACAGAACCCAGCCACAGAGCAGACCCUUGUGGAGGAGAUCAACUCUGUCAUCGGUGAAAGUGGAGCUGAAAAUGUUGAUUACGCGCGUUUGAAAGUGAUGGAGGUUUUCAUCAAUGAGUCUCUAAGGUUUCAUCCUGUGGUUGAUUUCACCAUGCGAAAAGCUCUGGAAGAUGACAUCAUUGAAGGCAUCAGCAUAAAAAAAGGAACCAACAUCAUUCUCAACAUUGGGCUCAUGCAUAAGACUGAAUUUUUCCCAAAUCCCAAAGAGUUCAACCUCCACAAUUUUGACAAAACAGUUCCCAAACGUUUCUUCCAGCCGUUCGGUUGCGGGCCUCGCUCCUGCGUGGGCAAGCACAUCGCCAUGGUGAUGAUGAAAGCCAUCCUGGCCACGCUCCUAUCUCGUUUCACCGUGUGUCCUCGCCAAGGCUACACCAUCAGCAGCAUCAGGCAGACCAACAACCUGUCUCAGCAGCCGGUGGAGGACGAGCGUAACCUGGCCAUGCACUUUAUCCCUAGAACACAACAAUCAUGCAUAUGUAACAUGACACCAUUGGCUCAAGCUACCAGUUAGAGUGGAGGCAGCUUUCAAAUCAAUGCAUAUUGUUUUAUUUGGCUCCCCUUGCUGAAGUCCAGAUGUCAUAAUCACUGUAAAUAAUUGUCACUACACUUGCAUCACUGUGUGGGUAAUGGUAAAUGUUGCCUUAAAUCAAUCAACAAAGUAACCAGCGUUAACAUUUCAUCACACUCUGAAAUAAAUAUUAACUUGCAACAGUUUCACCAGUCUGUCAUAUCUAGUGUACAAAACAGCCAAAAGAUAGGCCUGCAUGACACUCAAAAUAAUAAAGUUAAAUAACAUUUUACAAAGUAUUAAUUGUUCAUUUUUAAGUUUAUAAAUGUGCAGUACUGUGCAAUAAAUGAACAAAACUGAAGAAGGGGGCUGAAGACAUAUCUGUCCCCUAGGGGUGCAUGACAGAAAAUAAUUGAGAUUGAAUCUCAAUGGAAAUGAUGAACAGCUCAUGUUCAACCAUGGUGGAGGUGUUACUGUAUGGGCAAGUAUGACUGCUAAGAGGUGAAAGUCUACACUUCAGUCACAUGUUGACUGUUUUAUUACAAAUAAAUAAUUUUUAAAACAAAAUUCCUCAAGUUUGUCACCAUUCAAAUAUCUCUGGACUAUAUUUCUGUCACAAAGUUAGGGCUUCCUAAUCAUUUUCCUGUUAUUAUAACGUAACACACAAAUUUCCAGUUGUCAUGUAACAGAUCUCAUGGGAGCAUUAACAUGAAUAAAAAUAACCUAUAAUAUAAAAAAAAACAACUCACGUUGUGAGGUGACUUUAAUUUACACCCCUUUCAAUCUUUAAC